AUUUGAAUUCAAUUUGAUUGAAAUUAAUUUUAAAAUUGAUUGUGAAGGUUAAAGUUUGACCAAGAAGAACAUUCAAUUUUAAGUGAAUUGAAGAAUGAAAACAUUUGAGUGAACGAACUAAUAUUAAUUUAUUAUUGGUAUUAUUUAUACGUUAGUGUGAUAUUGAUAAAUAAGUUUUGACGAAUCAAAUACUAUCUAAAUAAAAACAAAAGUGAUGAUUGUGAUGUAAGAGAUGCGUCGUGGUGAACUCGCGGCAACCGCGAUAGCCCUUCUCAUACUUGGGCAAAUCCAGGAACCACGGCAAACGAGGGUUGUCGGUGCAGUGGUAGUAGGAGCUGCCGUUUGCGGACGUAUUCCGGGAUUGGCUAAAAGUCAACGAGAACAGUGUAAAAAGGCCCCACACGCUAUGCCUGCCGUUGGGGAGGGUGCUGAAUUGGGUCUUCGUGAAUGCCGACAUCAAUUUAGGCAUCACCGAUGGAACUGUUCUCACGUUGCCAAUGAUCAAGUAUUUGGUCAUGUUGUCGUAGUUGGAAGCAGAGAAGCAGCUUUCACGUACGCGAUAAGCUCGGCUGGAGUUACAUAUGCUGUAACCGCAGCUUGCAGUCGCGGUAAUAUCACUGCUUGCGGUUGCGAACCGGCUAUAAGCAGGACGAGAAAGGAAUUAGCUCCGAAUGGUUGGGAAUGGGGUGGUUGCAGUGCAGACAUCACUUAUGGAAUGAGGUUCGCACGUAGGUUCCUGGAUGCAAGAGAAAUAGAAGGAGAUGCUAGAAGUCUGAUGAAUCUUCAUAAUAAUAAAGCUGGAAGAAAAAUCGUGAAAUCUCUUCUUCAGACAGAAUGCAAAUGUCAUGGAGUAUCGGGUUCCUGUACGGUGAAAACAUGUUGGAGAACAUUACCUAGUUUUCGACAAAUCGGUGAUGCACUUAUGAAAAAAUAUUAUAAAGCUAAAGCUGUCGUUGCUAUAAUACCUCCAUCACCACCAAUAAGCCAAAUUUCUGAAAGUAUAUCGCAUCAUUCGGUAUCAACUGAAGAUAUAACACCUAUUCUUGGUAACGAUGCUAAAACUCAAGGUAAACAAAACGAUUUUAUAAAAUCACGUCGGGAUCAACAACAAUUAUCUAAAAAAACAAAGAGAAGAGCCUAUUUGGUAUUGAAAAGGAAUAAAGUUAAUAAUGGAGGAGGAAGUACAACGGUGUCUAAAAAGAUGCCGAAGAAAAGUGAAUUGGUAUUUCUACAACCGUCACCAAAUUAUUGCGAACCUGAUUUGGUUUUGGGUAGUUUGGGUACGCAAGGGAGAUAUUGUAAUCGAACGAGUAAAGGAACCGAUGGAUGUGAUUUGAUGUGUUGUGGUCGUGGUUAUAACACACAUCAAUUUACUAGAACUUGGCAGUGUAGAUGUAAAUUUCAUUGGUGCUGUCAUGUAUAUUGUGACACGUGUAACGAACGCAUGGAGGAAUAUACUUGCAAAUGAUGUAAAUAUAUAUAUAUAUAUCUAUAUAUACAUAUAUUUAUUUUUGUUUAUUUCACGUAAAGUGUCUAUUAACCCUUUCGCUUCGGCUGUCCUGUCCACCAAAACACUGUCACUGAACGGAGGCGCGCGCCGCGAAUACGUCCAGUAUGCGUUGUUGCUGUAUAUAUGUUUUCCUGAGUCUUAAAUUACUAUUGUGCCGAAUAAAACAAUCUUUGCUAAAAUAUAAUGAGUAUAAUUUACAUUUUUCGAUAUGAAAACAUUUAUAACUUAUAAACAUAUAUAAUUUACAAAGCUACAGGUAAUAUUUUUAUUAUGUGCACGCCGCUUAUAAGCGGCGCUCCUACCCACAGGUAGGUCAUAUUGCGUACGCCGCUUAUAAACGGCGCUCGAAGCGAAAGGGUUAAGAAGAAGAAAAAUAUUCAACGAUUAUCUCGACUGAUCUCGGAUGAUAUUAUUUUUAUAUUAUUCGUUCCGGCUUUAAUCACUGCUAAACUAUUACACGAUAUAAUUAGCUUAAUCCUCGCUAAAAUACAAAUUAACAACAACAACAACAAAUUAUACAAGUGAGAUUUACGUGUUUAAGUAGGAUAAGAAGUUAAUAUAGAAAAAAAAAACAAAAAACAAAAAAAGGUAAUUUAAACAAAAUUUACUAAAAGAUUUAUAAUGAUAAAGUAUCAUAACGAUUUAUUGCACUAUAAUUGAGCUUAAUAAUAUUAUUUCAAAUGUGUUAUCAUAUAUUA